AUGGGCGAAGAAGAGAUGAUGUCGCGAGCCGAGUUUGUGAAGGCUUUGGCGCUGGCAUUAGCAGCAAAUGAUGAACAAGAUGCCGUGGCACCAGAGGCUGUGGCGCGCGCUGCAUACGAGUCGCUGCAGUUUGACUUUCCACAGAUAUCGCCAAGUCAGUUGAAAGCACUGGCAACGCACAUGCGCGACGACACGGCAACGUUCCCACUUACAUAUAUGCUGCUACGCAACGCGUUGGAGCUUGCACAGAGCUCUGAUGGUGGGAGCAGUGCGGCCGCUGCUUUGCUCGUUCAAUGCUUCUUCCUUCCAUUCCACGCUUCGAUGGACUACCUCACACACUUCCACUUACAGGAUGACAGCUCAAUUUACGACAAGCUCUUGUUCAUCAGCUACCACACGACGUACGCCCCGCUGUCGUCGCUAUCGUUGGACGACUGGAAUCACUUUCAAUGCACAGAUUUGUGCUGCUCGAUUGCGUCCACUUUGCUCCAUUAUCCGACGGUGGGUGGUCCGUCGGCUGUACUGCUUCAAAUGGAGUGGCUCCGAUACAUGUACUUGUUGCGCGACCGCAUCCUUCAGUAUCCCGUGACAUGUGCCAGCAUACUCCACAAGAUGCUCCACUUUUUCCACUCCCCUGCAAAUUUGGAAGCCAUUGAAGCGAGCCGCGCUUCCGCGGCGCCUCUACGCCUUCUCCUGGACAUUGCGUCGUCCAAGGAGCUCAAGCAAGCUUCGAUGGCAAAGUCGUCGAUUUUAUCGCUUCUUCGAACGAUGAUGCCAAUGAUGGCGAAACAACUCAUGUUGCUGGUUGAAAGCCCAGCCAAAGCGUCGGAUGAUGCGCGGCAUGACGAUGUUCUCAUACACGCCCAACUUUUGGAGUGGGCAGUGCUCGAAGACCCGCCGGGGAUUGCCGCGCUGUUGGAAGACUCGGGAGUUCUACGAUCGAUGCUUCGCUUCAUCACAAUGACGUCGAGACCCACCAAGGCCACGACGACUGAAUUGCUGUCGAUUGCACCGGUCAAGCACAGUCUCCGCAUCGUGGUGCUGUGCAUGCUCUUCCGCCCGACCUUUGCCGAGUUCAUCGAGCGAGUACCUAGCAUGAACCAAUGGACCGCCACUGACACACUCGCGACGAAAUAUGCUGCGGAACACACGCUGUGGCUGCUCUCGAAGUCGUUGGGACAGUCGACACCGUCCCCGCAUUCGUUGUGGAAAGCACUGGCGAGCCUCUUUCCUGUACAAUGCGACCACGUUUUGGCAGCCACCACUCGGGUAAGCCUUCCCAUGCGUUUGAACGCGCGAUGA